UUCUGGGGACGUUCACAGCAUACAUCGCGACUGGCCAGCCUAGGCAGUUUAUCGAUAAUCCUAGCGUCACCCUUAUUUGUAAUGCUCUUAUUGGCAGCGCUGUCCCAGUAUCAUGGUUCUUUUGCCCUGGCAUUAGGAGGUCUCCGCGCCCAUGGAACUCUACCAUUUCUUGUCCGAAGCAUCCCCCCCUUCAACCUGCAGGUUGGACUGUACUAUGGCGGCUGGGUCGCUCUACAGGCCUGUCUUAACCAUCUUCUGCCCGGCAAGAUAGCAACAGGCCUGCCAACUCCAGGGGGCCAGUCCCUACCGUACAAGGUAAAUGGGCUGGCCUGUUGCAUCACGAAUCUGGCGAUUUUCAUUACCCUUGCUGCGGCUGGUGUGUUCCGUCCAUCAUCCAUAACGGCUCAUGUUGGCGAGUUCCUCUUUGCAGCCAGUAAUUAUGGCUUCAUUCUCUCACUGGCGGUGACCAUCAAGUGUUACUGCAUGGAACCAGGGGUCAAAGAUGUUCGGUUUACAGGCUCCAUCGUCCAUGAAUUCCUGUCUGGAAUCGAGCUGAACCCACGCUUGGGGAAGUACUGGGAUGUGAAGCUCUUCCAAAUCGGCCGUGUUGGAAUGAUCAGCUGGCUAUUACUCGACCUUUCCUUCGCCGCUCUCCAGCUCGAGAGAUUCGGCAGCAUCACCAACCCCAUGAUUGUCGUCAACGCACUCCACGCGCUGUAUAUCCUUGACUUCUUCAUCUACGAAGACUGGUACCUAACCACAAUCGACAUCGCACACGAUCAUUUCGGCUUCUACCUCGCGUGGGGCUCCGCCGUGCUGGUCCCAGCCCUCUACACCACCCAAGCGCACUACCUGGCCUACCACCCCGUGGAAAUCACCUGCACCCAUGCCUCCAUCCUCACUCUGGCUGGAAUAAUCAGCUACAUUAUCUUCCGCACAUCUAACAACCAGAAAUUCCGCUUCCGCCAAACCAACGGCAAAUGCGUCAUCUGGGGCGCCGCGCCCAAGACCAUCCCUGCUGCGUAUCGGACGGUGGAUGGCUCUCUCCACCGUUCCAUGCUCCUUUGCUCCGGCUGGUGGGGCCUCGUCCGUCACCCAAAUUAUAUCGGAGAUCUCCUCUUCUCCUUCUGCAGCUGCGCUGCCUGUGGCUUCACCCAUCUUCUUCCAUGGAGCUACUUGAUUUUCAUGACGGUGCUGCUCGCGCACAGAUCCUGGAGAGAUGAUCGUCGGUGCUCGGAGAAGUAUGGGGCGCAGUGGAUGAAAUACUGUGAGGUUGUCCGGUGGAGACUCGUCCCGUUUGUUUUUUGAUGCGUGGGUAGACGGGUACUGGGGGAGAGCGUAUAGACGUCGUCAGAGAAUGAAGAAGUGUGUAUUUUUAGGUCGUUGCGGGUCGGAUACUGG